AUGGUCCUGGCGAGAGCCAACACCGAAGAGCUCCAAAAGAAGCCGAUUUCCAAUAACGAAGUCUCGCUGACGGCCAAUUCAAACAAAGCUGCUGUCAAGUCCGAGCCACCGACCACGCUUUCGCAUGCGAACUUUUUUUUCCGCCACUUGUCAACCACGAGAGCAACAACGGCAGCGGUGGCAGGAUCCAAGAGACGCAAGAUGACCACACUCAGUGCCGCCAAGUCCGCCUCCACCCCCACAAUUCCGAAUUCCGACAACAAAACCCCUAACAAGAUCGACAAAAAGAUCCCCAGCAAGCCGGACAAAAGUAUCGAUUCUAAGACAACAAACACAAAAGAACUCAAGGCCACCUCCAAGCCCACUACUAAGACCGAUAGGAAACCCACACCAAGCGCUAAAGAAAGCUCCAAGGACACCACUAAGAAGGUCGGGAAACCCACCACCAAGCCUCACAUCAAGUCCGACUCCAAGGCCCCCUCAAAGGCCGAAGGGAAGACUAGCUCCAAACAGGGGUAUAAGACGACGACAAUGAAUGAACUAAAGGGCACAUCAAAGACCCCCACAAAGACUGACACAAAACAGAUUCCCAAAACCAAGCCAAACACCAAGGUUACCACCAAGAUCGAUGCAAAGCCAGGCACCAAAUUGCAACACCCAAAGCCUGACACCAAGGGCUCCAAGCCCGACACCAAGGCCCCCGCAAAGACCGACACAAAACCACCCGCUCCCAGCUCCAAACCCCAUACGAAAGUCAGCACAAAGAUCACCGCAAAGCCUCAAAUGAAGAGCCCUCAGCCCGACUCCAAAGCUCCCACAAAGGUUCAAACAAAACCUAACUCCAAGCAGGAAUAUAAGACAACGACAAAGAGUGAAGUGAAGGCCACCUCGAAAACGCCCACAAAGACAGACACAAAACUCCCCCCCGGAACCAAAUCAAACACAAAGGUCACCACCAAGACCGACUCGAAGCCCACCGCCAAGCCUAAAACCAAAGUUUCUAAGACCGAAACCAAGGCCACCACAAAGACCGACACAAGCCCUAACCCCAGGCAAGAGUAUAAGACAACGCUGAACAUUGAAUCCAAUACUGUUACAAAUGCCCCAACUACGAUCGACUCAAAACCCACAACACCCACUGACAUCAAGACUACCCUGCCCGACACCAAGGACUCCACAAAGGCCGACACAACACCAACCGCUAGGGCAGAGAGUUUGAUCACUACCCAAGGGGAAAUCAAGACAGCCACCAAUACCCCUACUAUGAUCGACACAAAACCCACACCGGGCGCUAAGGCCACCACCAAACAGCCCGAGAGCAAGACCGAUCAGGUGCCCAUCGGUAAGACAGACGCAACCAAGGCCAAGGGCAAGGCAGACAGCAAAACCGAGGCGAACACCCAACCCAAAAAACAGUCUAAAACGGACACCAAGUCUAACUCUAAGACGGACACCAAAGCCCAUUCGAAGACGGACACCGAGAGAAACGAAACAAAUUGGAAACUCCUGGAGACUCCCAAGACGGAAGUGAUAUCAACUACGCCCGUGGCUCCUGUUAAGGCAGAAAUAAUGUCAACUCUGACCACGGUUCCGACUCUACCGACGACCACCAGUCGUCCCCCUCUUGAAGGAUUCGCUCUAGUCGAAGCGGCGAGCUUGCAGGAGGUUGAUCUAGCCAUUCACAAAAUGAUGGAAAGCACCACUCUAAUGACCAUUGAGCGACUGGACAUGCAAUGA